GUAGUAGAGUGUUUGUAGCUGUAAUACCUCAAUGUUUGUGAAAGGAUCUCGUCUUUCUGGUUCAGGAGACAGUCUGUCAUGUAGGUUUCGAUGGUGUGAAGGAAGGUAACGUUUAAUGCGGAGGCUGUGGUCGUGAGCAGAGAGGAUGGAGAGCCCCGGUAGUGUGGUGGAGCCGCAGAGCGGACUCCCCUCACCCAGUCCACGAGACCCCCUGCUCAGUCCUGACUCACACAUGGAUGUUCAGGGGUAUAAGUGGGUGUGCUGGCGGGUGUGGUUGUGUCGUCUAGCGGCCGUGCUGUCCUUGGGUCUCCUCCUGCUUGUGUUUCACUGGCGCCCGCGGUUCGCUGUCCUCGCCCGCUGCUGCUCCUGCUCUCUGGCACUGGCAGAUAUUCUGCUAAUAAGAGACAGUUUUGACCAGCAUCAUGUGGUGGAGGUCCUCACAGAGGAGAUGGAGGACGGCAGUUUGGAGUUGUGGACAGAGCUGGAGGACAAUGAAUGGAGAGAUACAGUUCUGCUGCACAAUGAAGAGAAAACGCUGCUGCGCUACUACCUGUUUGAAGGGCUGCGCUACAUCUGGCUGGAGAGGAAAGGAGCUUUCUGUCUUGUCAGUGUCCUCAAUGAGGACUGGACCUGCACGGACCUGUAUGGCUUCCAAAAGGGCCUGAGUCACCUGGAGCAGAGCUUGAGGAGACGCAUGUAUGGGCCCAACCUCAUUGAUGUGCCUGUGAAGUCUUACAUGGAGCUGCUGUCUAAGGAGGUCCUCAACCCCUUCUAUGUGUUCCAGGUGUUUAGCAUCGCCCUGUGGAUAACCGAUGAGUAUUACUAUUACGCCGUUUGUAUAUUUAUCAUCUCCGUUUUCUCCAUCGGCAUCUCACUUUGUGAGAUUCGCAAGCAAAGCAUCACUCUUCGCAACAUGGCCCAGUUUGUCACAAAUGUCACAAUACGGAGAAACUCGGGAGUGGAGGAGUGUGUGAGCUCGGAGGAACUGGUCCCCGGCGACUGUCUCAUCAUCCCUCAGGAAGGUCUGCUGCUGCCCUGUGAUGCUGCCCUGCUGGCUGGGGAGUGUCUGGUCAACGAGAGCAUGCUCACAGGUGAAAGUGUCCCAGUGCUGAAAACCCCACUGCCGGUUUGUGAAGGGAGGUACAGCUCAGAGACUGAGCGUAGACACACUCUUUUCUGUGGCACCCAGCUCAUUCAGGCCAAAGGGGGAGGGCCGGGAGGUGUUGUUGCUGUGGUCACAAGCACCGGGUUUUUCACAGCCAAAGGUAACCUGGUCAGCUCCAUUAUGUAUCCUCAGCCAACAGACUUCCGCUUCUACCGGGAUUCUGCCAAGUUCCUGCUGAUCCUGGCUUCAGUUGCUUUAAUUGGCACCAUUUACAGCUUUGUGAUCCUCUUCAGAUCCAAUGUGACGUGGAAGGAGUUGAUCAUAAGGAGCCUGGAUAUCGUGACCAUCGCAGUGCCUCCUGCCCUGCCUGCUGCCAUCACAACUGGCACUAUCUAUGCCCAGCGCAGGCUGAAGAGCCAUGGAAUCUUCUGCAUCAGUCCGCCACGCAUCAACAUCUGUGGCAAGGUUUCGGUCUUCUGCUUUGACAAGACAGGAACUCUUACGGAGGAGGGUCUGGAUGUGUGGGGAGUGAUGGAGGGGGGACCUGCCGGUUUCUCAGAGCUGGUCCCAGAGCCCAAACUCCUGCCUCCAGGGCCCAUGCUCUCAGGCCUGGCCUGCUGUCACACUGUGACGCUGUUGCGAGGGCAGCCCCUCGGAGACCCUCUGGAGCUCAAGAUGGUCGAGUCCACUGGUUGGUCUCUCCAGGAGCCAGAGGGAGAUGGAAAGGUGCUGGAUGCAGAGUUUGGAGGCCACAGAGUUUUGGCUGUUUUGAGACCUCCUACUCAAUCAGCUUCCACAAGCGAGGCGGUGGCCAUUGUUCAGAGGUUUCCCUUCUCCUCGGCGCUGCAGAGGAUGAGUGUGGUGACAGUGACCCGCGGGGGAAGCUCGGCUCUCGCUUUCAUCAAAGGAUCCCCAGAGAUGGUGGCUAGCCUCUGCCUAGCAGAAACUGUGCCGACGCAGUUCUCCAGCAAACUGCGCAGCUUCUCCAGUGAAGGCCUCCGAGUUCUUGCCCUCGCCUAUAAACCAGUAGACAGGAACACUGACUUUAGGACCAUAGAACGAGGGGAGGUAGAGAAGGACAUGCAGUUCCUGGGCUUGUUAAUGAUGAAGAAUCUGGUGAAGCCAGAGAGUGCCCCGGUUAUUGACAUCCUGAGACUGGCAAACCUUCGCACCGUCAUGGUCACUGGGGACAACAUCUUAACAGCAGUCAAUGUGGCAAAAUGCUGUGGCAUGGUAGGAUUGGAUGAGAAGGUGAUAAUCGUCAAUGCAACCCCCCAAACUGCCCAGUCCAUGCCCAGCCUGAAGUUCACCCUGGAAGACGGAGGGUUACCCACCGCCCAAUGCUCCAUCAUCAAUCUGGGCCUGUACCAGAGUGGGUUUGACUAUCACUUGGCUAUUAGUGGCAAGUCCUUCGCUGCCCUCUGUGAUCACUUCCCUGAGUAUGUGCCAAAGGUUUUGUUGCGAGCCACCGUAUUUGCACGCAUGGCUCCUGACCAGAAAACCGAGCUGGUGAAGGAGCUGCAGAAACUGAAGUGAUUACGGGUGGGCAGGUGUGGGGACGGGGCCAAUGACUGCGGGCCCCUGAGAGCUGCUGAUGCUGGGAUUUCCCUGUCUGAAGCUGAGGCUUAUGCGUCACCUUUUACUUCCAAGAUUCAAAACAUCAGCUGUGUGCCGCUGCUUAUCAGAGAGGGCCGAUGUUCUCUGGUCACCUCCUUCAGUCUCUCAGAUACAUGGCUCUGUACAGCCUCAUUCAGUUUCUGCUCAGUCCUCAUCGUCUACCCGGUGAAGACGAUGUUUGCUGACUGGCAGUUCAUGUUCGUUGACUUUUUUCUGGUGACUACGGUGGCCAUCGUGAUGGGGAAAGGAGGCCCCAGUAAGGAGCUGCACCCCUGCAGACCCUCAGCCAGUCUGCUGACCCUGCCUGUCCUGGGCAGCAUCUUCAUCCACUUCUGCAUGAUUAUUCUGAGCCAGCUGGCUGCGCUCUUCAUCACCACCUCGCAGGAUUGGUACGUUCCACUCAAUUCAACCUCGUUCGGAGAAGCCAACCUGCCCAACAUGGAGAACACCUCUGUGUUUGCCAUGUCAGGUUUCCAGUACAUCAUCAUGGCUGUGGUGGUCACCAAGGGCUACCCUCACAAGAAACCUCUCUACUACAAUGUGAUUUUCUUCGGUCUACUGCUUGUCCUCUUCGGCCUGAUGACUUGGCUGGUGUUGUAUCCUGGGCCCGUCGCCGGUCGACUACUUAAACUGUACGACUUCUUUGAUAUGAAUUUCAAAAUGCUGCUUGUCGCUGUGGCUGCUCUCAACUUCCUCAUUUGUUUUGUUGUGGAGGUGCUGAUAGACUUGGGUAUCCUGAACUGUCUUCGGUUGCUUCGUGGGAGGCGUGAGUCGAAGAAACAGUAUAAACGUCUGAACGCCUUUCUGGCUCAAUCGCCAUCAUGGCCGCCCCUUAAUCAGACCUUGACCCCCACAGAUCACACAGUCAUCCACUUCAGCUAGCAUCUGCUGGCCCCUCUUUUGGACACUUGUCGCAUUCACCCAAAGCCAAAAAGGGCUGUGGAUGUCUGAGCUACAUCCUCAACUUUAUUAACAAUGCAAAGUUAUGUUUACUUCUAUUAAUAAAAACUAUUUUUUUGUUAA